CACAGUAGAUUUUUAUAAGAAUACUCGAUUGUGAUUGGUUAAUUUCUUGCGGCUUAAAGCUUAAAUCUUUAUUGUAGACGAGGGCUUAUGCGCAUCAUGCGUUGAAACGGAACGUAGCCCUAUACAGAUGCAGUAAGGUCCGCCGCAUAGACUUUUGCACAUAGACAGUAAGUAUAGACCGAGCAUCCACUGUAUAAGGGUUGAUGCAUACGAAAAGAAAGACAAAAAAUAUAAUGCUUGGUCUACAAUGUCAGCAAGAGUAAUGGAGUAGGAGUAAGAAAUAAGAAAUAUGAAAUGAGAUUUGCCCAUUUCGUUUACUCCCGGUUUUUAAUUGGUUAAUUGUUACUUUUACUCCUUACUCUAUUACUCCUGCUGACAUUGUAGACCGAGCAUGAGAUGAGUUUCUCUCUUUUUAAUGCCGGAGAAGUGCUCCCCAUUUCUCCGUCAUUAAAAAGAGAAAGAAACUCAUCUUAUAUCUUUUGUCUUUCUUUUCGUAUGCAGUGUUUCUUUACGCGUGUACAGUGGAUGCUCGGUCUAUACUUACUAUAGGUGAGUUUUUUAAUUCAUCGAUUACUCAAUCGCACGGUGCGCAAAUAAAUUUUUUACAGAGCAAAGUUGCAUCUGCGCAUAAUGUGAUUGAUCAAUCGAAAUUAAAAAACUCACUUUAUGUCUAUGCGUUUGCAUAACGCAUAGUGCAUGACGCAUAAAAGAAUUAAUCAAUCAGAGUCGUAUAUUUUCCUCUUCAGGAUAAAGAUAAAGACCCUUGACUGGUUAAUUCUCUUGUGCGUUAUGUAUUUUGUGUUAUGCAGAAAUUUGUGCGGCGGCCCUAUAACUUAUUGCAGCUGUAUAAUAUAUAUAUAAUAGUGCAGUAAAAAUGAACAGAUUAUAUAGAGAAUUUUUUGGAACACGCAAGAUGAAAAAUAGGUAGCAAACGGAGCGGAGUGUGAUCGCUCUCAGUGAUUCUUUACUAUGAUUGGUUUCUGCUUCUAAUUCUAACUAAUUAAAGGCCAGAGCCAAUCAUGUUAGAGAAUCACUGAGUGUUCACCAAUACGGUCUGUCUGCUGAACGCGCCCAAUAUGACCUGAUAGUUUAGAAACAUGUAUUGAUGUAAUGUUUCUUAUAUGUAAAAAAUUAACGUUGGUGGUACGAAAAAUAGAGGCAAUGAAUAUAUAAAAUAGUAUAAAACAAUAUUUCUCGACAUCUAUAAAAAUGUCGUAAAAGAUUUAUUAAGUUUUCUCUUCGUAAGUUUCAAGAAAGCAUAAAAAUGCCGAAGACACGAAUUAAAAAACUAUUUAGAAAUAAUACAGAGAUAAAUAGUUUGAUGCAACCAAUGGCGAAUAAAAAAGAAAUUAAAAUACGCAAUAUAUCAAUUAAAUUAGUAGAUAUUAUAAAAGAUUAUAAAACGCAAAGGACAAUUUCUGAGGCUGCUGUAAUGAAAAACGAAGAAAAUCAAUUUAACACCAAUAGAAAAUCUGUAAAAAAAGCAAAUAUGGAAGAAAACAACCAAAAUUAUAUAAAAGAAAUAAUGGAUAAGAAAGAUUCUUUAAAUUAUAAUUAUGUACUGAAAAAUACUGUCUGUACUGAUACUAAAAAAAUAGUAUACAAUGAUAAUAUCAAUAUAUCCAACCUACAUAAUGUAAAUGCAACUGUUAACAAUUUUGCUGCAAAUAGCAACAACAAAGAAAAUAUUUUGGAUAGCAAUGAAAUAAAACACAAUAAUAAAACUAACACAUCAAGCAGCGAUAUAAGUAACAUUAUAGAUUCAAGCUUAAUCUCUUUGAGAAAAUCUGAAACUGAAAUAUAUGAAUUUCUUAGUACUAAUCAAUCAACAAAUUGCAACAUAAAUAAUAAAUCAAGCGAUAUGAAUUUAAAUGAAGAUUAUAUACAUAAUAAUAUUACUGAUAUUGAAAAUGAAAUCUUACCAAUACAAAAUACAAACAAAAAAAAGUCAUUAUUAAGAAAAACUACAUUAGAGAAAAAGGAUGCAUGUGAAAACAUAAUUAUAGAUAGUUCUUCAGGUCUUAAUGUACAAAUUAAAAAUCAAAUUGAAAAUAAUUCUAAGAAUAAUGAAGUGAGAAAUUAUUUGAAUCCAAAUGGAUAUUAUAUGUCCUCUGAUUGCGAGGAUAAUAUAAUAAAUGAUGUUUUUUUAAAUGAGACUAGUAAAUUAAAUAAACAAUUAAAACAGACAUCUGAAACUGAAAUAGCAUAUUGUGAUAUUCAGAAAGGUGAUACUACUGUCAAAGAGUCAAAAAAACAAUUGUGUAGUUCUCAACAAUUAGAUAAAGAUUUCACCCAGUUUACGAUCACAGAACAAGAAGAAAGUUUAAUGACUAAAAACAACGGAAUGCAAAUCAAAAAUAUUUUACCUUCUGUUUCCAAAAACAUGCAUGAUAAGGAAAUCACAACAUAUUUGAAUAAUGAUUGCAAUAAUAAUUCAAAAAGGAAGUGUAUAAUUACUGAACAUGUUAGAUAUAGUAAACCAAAGUAUAUUAUUUUAAAAGCAAAUUCAAAAGAAAUUAAUGAAAGAGAAAAUAAACAAGAAAUACUUACAUGUCCUGAGAGAAAGAAACAUAAGCAAUCUAACGAUCUGAAAAAUAACGUAUCAUAUUCAAAUUUCUCAAGUUAUAAUGAUAGCAAUGGUGAUAAUUCAUGGACAAAUGUAACUCAAGAUACUACUAGCGAAUAUAUACCAAAUGAAACUGAAAGUUUAGAAAUUAAUAAAACAGGAGUAACAACAAACUCAGAAAAUAGUAUUAAUGAAGUAAGUAAUGUACCUGAAAAAAAGAAAUAUAAUGAAUUCAAGUUUAAUAUUCCUGGAAAUAGUGCCUGUGAUGAAUCUGAACUAAUUACUGAAUUAUCACGUGGUCCUCAAGGAAAUAAUAAAAAAAAUUUUUGUCUAUUUUGUCACACUCUGCAAAGUAAAAUAGUGCGUCAUUUGGAAAGCAAACAUUGUGAUGAGGAUCUAGUCAAAGAUUUUAUGCAUUUACCAAAAGGAUGUGCUGAACGUUUGCGUAAAAUAGGAAAUGUUAGAAAAGAAGGAAAUUUCAUUUUUAAUGUAACAAAAGAAUAUAAUCAUGGUCGAAUGAUAACAGUUCGAAGACCUAGACAAAAAGAAAAACGAUAUGGUAUAAAUUUUGUUAAUUGUCCAUAUUGUAAUGGAUUUUAUGCUCGAAAUAAUUUAAGACAUCACGUUCAACAAUGUAACGAAAUUGAAGGAUCACUUUCUUCGCGAACACUUUUACAAAAUGCUCGGCGAACUAUUGGCAGAUAUCAUCCAGAAGCUAGUAGAAGAAUGAGAAUAGAAAUAUUACCUAUCUUGCAAGAAGAUGAAGUUACUAAAACUAUUAGAUACGAUCGUGCUAUCAUUCUAUAUGGAAAUAGUAUGUGUAAAACACAAAUUCAUCAACAUCAAAAUACUUAUAUACGAGGUCAUUUACGUCUUCUAGGUCGUUUGGUAUUAGCCUUGAGAAAUCGAAACUCUGCAAUCAAUACUUUAGCAGACGCAUAUGCUCCACAAUUUUAUAGAACUGUAAUUGAAGCAAUUAAUAAUGUUGCAGAAUUAGAUUACAAAACAAAUAUGUACAAACAUCCGACUAAUGCGUCUACUCUUGGUACUUGUCUAAAAAAAAUUGGCAAAAUCUUAGAUGUUACAUAUAUGAUAGAUAAAGAUUUAAUGAAACGCAAAGAUGUUGAUGAUUUUAUGAAAAUAUAUGACGUAGAUUUUAGCGGAACUAUAAAUAAAAUAGUAACAGAAACUUGUACAAAAGUAAAACGACAAAAAAAGACCAUAUUACCCCGAACAUGUGAUAUUAAAACUCUUACCGCUUAUUUGAAAAGAAAGAUGGAAGAAUAUACAAAAACAUUAACACAAGAAUUUUCAUAUGCCAUAUGGAAAUCAUUAGCAGAGGUAACGCUCAUCGCUAUUCAGGUGUUUAAUCGUCGUCGAGCAGGCGAAACAGAAAGAAUUUUAAUUGAGGAUUUUAAAAACUAUGAAUGUGCCUGUGGGACAGGUUCUACGUGUAAAAUUUCUACACAGAAUUCUGACAGGACUCAUAACUAUGUUAGAUUUACCAUUCGGGGUAAAUUACGUAGAACUGUUCCAGUACUGUUAGAUGCGCAUAUGUUAAAAAGUACUCAACUUUUGCUACAAUUUCGAGAAGAUGCUAAUGUGUCAUCAGAUAAUCCUUUUUUGUUUGGAUUACCCAGUAAUGAAAAUGAGAAUAAACAUUUAGAUGCUUGUAAACUAAUGCGAAGUUUUGCAAGCCUAUGUGGAGCAAAAAAUAGCUUCGCACUUCGUGGAACAACUUUGCGCAAACAUGUUGCAACAAAAUGUGUGGAUUUAAACUUAUCGGAUAAUCAAAUAACGAGAGUAGCAAACUUCAUGGGUCAUCACGAACAUAUCCACAAAGAAAUCUAUAGACAACCUGUUGCUAAAGUCGACAUACUGGAAAUGUCAAAAAUUUUAGAAAAAGCUCAAGGCAUGGAUUCAACAGUUUCUAAUUAUGGAACUGAUAUAACUAUCAACAGUGAAGACAAUACUUUUUUCUUCAAUCAAGAUGUAUCACAAACAUUUAAUGAUAUAAGUGAAACUUCUACUAAUACUUCAAUAGAAAAGAAGAAAAAUAAGAUUGAGAAAGAAGAACAAAAAGUGAAGCAAAAACUAAUUAUACAAAAUAAAAAAAGAAUACGAAAGAAUACAAUAAAAAAUAUACAAAAUGUACAAAAAUUGAAUAAAAGUAAAGGUAAAUCUUGUUUAUGCUUAUCUUCUUACUGGUUUUUUUUGUUUAAUAUUUAUUCCAAAAAGUUAUGUACAUCUGUAACAUUUACAUAAACUUAAAGCAGGAAAGAAACAAAUUUCACCGAAGAAACAAAAUGUUUAUUCCAAAAAUAAAGGUUUAAUUUAUCGAAAAUAUUCAGAUAGUGAUUUAUCAGAUUAUAUAUUAAAUACAAGUUUAAGCAGCUCUAGUGAGAGUACAAUCAAUGUGCCAAAAAAACAGAAGAAUCAAGCAUGUAAAUAAGUGAUUAUUACAUUAUAUGCGUCAAGAUUCUAUUCGAUCAUUAUUUUAUUAAUGAGUAUAUUUGUAUUUCAGCCCGUAAAACAUAUCAAAAGAAAACACGAUGGACGGAUAAAGAAAUAAGUGAUGCAACAAUGCAUUUUUCAAAAUAUCUGCGUAAAGGAAAACUGCCACCUUUAUCAGAAAUAGAUAAAAUUAAAAUGACAUACAAUGUGUUAUGCGAUAGAAAACCAGAUGUAAUAAAGACCUGGUUACAUAAUCAGUUAAAAAAAAAAAAUUUUUUUUUUGAAUAAAACAUAUAUGCAUUCAUGA